AAACAGCUUGCUUAAGAGUGAGAGCGUCAUGUCUGAAAUGCAGGGUGAUGUUCUUUCUACAAAGUUGGAGGAAGAAAUCAGCACUUUGAAGGAACAGCUAAUGCUCAUAAUGUCCAAACUGGAGGAUCAGAGAUCCGUGGAGAAAGAGCUGUUGAAGUCUCUUGAACAGUGGAAAGAUGAAGAAAACGAAAGGCAAAAGGCAAAAAUGCAAGAAAUUAAACAGAUGUUGCUUAAGGAAUUUAAUAAGCUGACCGAUAUGACUGACCUUCUAAACGAUUUCCUAUAUCACCUGCACAGCCUGCACUCCAGUGCCUAUAUUAAGGAUGAAAACAAGCGAAAACUAGCAGAUAAACUGGACAGAAAGCUGCAAAAACAGAAGGAAUGGAUACUGUCUCAAAGAGAGCAGAUCGAGACGCUUACUUCAAAUCCACCAGAGCACAGAGGUUUGUGUAGUCUGAGGGUUGGCCCGAGUCUUAAAAAGAAAGUGGAGGUAAAAAAACAGAAAUGUGCUGUGAGGAGAAAUCUCAUGAAGGAGCUGAGCCUGUCACUGCAGGCUCUUGUUGAGGAGCUGGAAGAUAUUUGCAUGGAACUUUUCUCUGCUCAAGAAAAGAAAGUUGGAGUGACAAAACAGAGCCUCAAAAGCCAUUUGAGAAGAAACCGCAUCAUAAAGGAGCUUUGGAAGUUAUUGGCCCAAGAUUUUUCUGAGGACCUGGAAGACUUCUGGACAGAACUUUUCUAUGUUUUGCAGAAGAAGGUGGAGAUAAAAAAACAGAUGCCAAAAACUCUCGGUUGGAAAAGCACUGUUAUAAAGGAGCUUGGGCCAUUGUUAUUGCAGGCUCUUGUUGAGGAGCUGGAAGACUUGAUCGUGAAGGUUUUCUACAUUACAGAAAAUAAAGUUGAGGAGAAAAAACAGAAGGCAGAAAGGUCCUUUAGCAGAACUCCCACCCUGAAGGAACUGGGAUCAGUGUUGCUGAGGACUCUUCUUGAGGAACUGGAAGACUUCUGUAUGAAAGUUUUCUGUGCUACCGAAAAGAACGCAGAGGAGAAAAAACAAACACCAAAAAGUCCCUUGAGGAGAAGCCCUGUCGUACAGGAGUUGCAGCCGUUCAGCUUGGAGGAGAGAUCCAAGGAGGAGCUUGUAGAAAGGUCCAGAGCGGCGGAAAUCAGCAUGACUGAGUUUGUUGCUUUGGCUGCUGAUAGCGAUACUGAGUGGACAGAUAUGAGUGACAUGGAGAACAACCAACAGCAGGAGCAGCUCAACAGGCAUUCCACCCAGAAGAAAGAGAAGGCUUCUCAAGGUGGACUGAUCAAAAAUUUGCAGCACCUUGAGAGGCUGUUUACAGAGCGAGCCUUAAAGAAGCCGAUGGAAAGAGACUUAUCUCACAAGAGAAAUGUGUGGCAGAAACCUGAGGAUUCUGAGAAGGAUGACAGUGAUGACAAUGAUGACAAUGAUGAAAAUGACUAUGAUUACUCAGAUUCUUGCUCUUUAGAGGACAACCCUUCACUAAGCAAACCUGCUGCUGUGAAAAACAGUUUGGAUUCCAUGAGCACCAGUGUCUGGGCUUCUUCAACAGGUAUUAAUAAAGUGAAGGCACACUGCACCAUGAAGACACCCGUGACACUACUUGACUGCAGUGAUUCUAAAGACAAGAUGUAAUGAAUAUUACAGAUUUGUAAAGGUUAACC